AUGGAGCAACAACCACAACCACAAAUGGAAGACUGUCGAGACUUUCCUGUCAUGGAUCACAGUGAUGACAUGUCAGAGGUAACUUUGUCGACGAUUGGAUCCUCCAAAAGUGACAAGAAGAAGAAGAACCCGGUCAGCGAAUCACGAAAAUGGGGUCUGCUGUGGAAGACCAAGUCACCAUUGCAAACGGCCAAGAAAUUGAAAAAGACCAUGAAAAAGAAGAUUAUUCGCAAGGACUCUCGUGACGAACAGUCCCCUGAAAUGAUGGACACUACUAUUGCUACUUCUACAAUUGUAGAGGAAAACUCCAAAAGUUGGGGGGUCCAUUUUCUUAGCACCAAAAGCAAGUCUAACAAAUCCUCCUUCUUUGAAGGAGUAUUGGAAGAAGAAGACGAUGGCGAGGUCCCAGACGAUGAAGUCCCAGGCCGACACCACCACCAUUUGGAAACGAGCGAGGAAGAAGAAAUUACUCGCAGUUUGCAAGAAUUGAAUGAGAAAUUCCGAAACCAAGAAAAGGUGGACGAGUAUCACCUCUGCCGCUUGGAACUUCAAGAAAAGAAUCUAAAUGGACGUACCUUGAGUGCUGAAGAAGUAUACGAGCUUAGCUUGCUGGAACGACAUGCCUCUGGCGAAAAGUUGUAUGCCGAAGUCAAUGAUCUGGAUGACUUUGUCGAGAAGCGCAUGCUGUACAAGAGACUCCAAAUUGAUUUGGCCGACAUGCGAUCCCAGCAACUCAAGGGAGAGCAGAUAGAUGAAGAUCUCUUAUUUGUAUUGGAGCUCUUUGAAAAACGACGCACUGGUCAACCAUUGUUUACCAUGGAGAAGCUUGCUCUUGAUUUGCUCACACGGGAUCGGCUGGGAGACACCCUCACGGAUGCCGAAAUGGACGAACUCAUUGAUAUUAUGGACCUGCUCAGAGACAAAAAGAACUCUGCAGUCACUGUUUCGACUACUACUCCAGAGACAAACGCAACUCCAUCAGGAUCCAACUCAUCGUUAAUGAUUGAGGUCGAUGGGGCAGAACUGGAAGACAGCGAUGCCACUCCUGGUUUGGAUCCAUGGAGCAAUGGUGCAUCUGACGACGAAGUCAGAAACGAUGUGGAUAAGGAACACACUGCUGUAACUGCUGCUGGGGGAGAAGGUGGAUGGCUGACGUAUUGGCGUUCCAACCACGAGCAACAAGACGCGGAAAAAACGAGAGACAAGAUUCAAAAAGAACUUCUUGAUAAGGCAAUAUUGAAAGCAGAGCUCUUAAUGGAGAUCGACAACUUGAAAACAGAUCUCAAAAAGGCAAAUGCUUCUGUCUUGGAACUUGGUGGUGAGGCUGAUGAGACGACAAAAGUCAUUCUGAAUGAGGGGGGUCUGCCUGAUGAGUCCAUGCCGGAGCAACCCAGUCUCAUUUCGAGCGAGUCCUUGCAACUGGUAAGGUCGGAAUGCGAGGAGCUCGUGGACCUCAAUGAAGACAAGGAAAGCAAGAUUGCGUCUUUGGAAGCACAAGUACGAGAAUUACGAGCCAAGACGGUGACAAGUGCCAGGAAGGGGGGUUCCAAAUGGGGAAAGAAAGUAGAAGACCAAGAUUCUGAAACCAUUUCUCAGCUUUCAGCCGAGUGUGCUCAAUUGAAGGAGCAACUAAAGGAAGUCAACAAGAAGUACGAAGAGUCUCGUGAAUCGCAUGAAAAUACAUGUGCCCGACUCGAAGAACUACAGGAUGAACUCGACCAGUGCAGUGAAGACCUCCAAGCAGCCAGGGACGAACUUAAGAUCCGUGAAAAGGAAAUUCAGACUGCCGCCUUUGAGUUUUCAGCUCUCAACGUCAGAUACAAAGCUGCUUCCAGUAAGAUUGAACGCUUGGAAGAGGAAUAUCCUGAAUCUAUCAAGGAACGAGUUGAGGAGCUUCUCGAAGAAGCUGGAAAGACAGGUGGAGUCGACAUCUUGGUCGAUUGCUACGAGUCUGCAGUUGCUACCAUUGGAGCCCUCGAAGAGAAGUUGGAAUCCGCAGAGGAAAAGACUUCCAACUCCGAGAAGCUACAAACGGAAUACAAUCGCGCCGUGCAAAUGUCCAAGGAGCUGGAGAAGGAUGUGGAACGUCUUCAAUCCAAGCUGAAGGGUGCUCAAUCUGAAUACUCAAAAGCACAAGAAGAAAAGUUCCGUGUCUCGGAUGAAAUCGAGGAAGUGAGAUUAAAGAUGGAAGAUCUUGAAGUGAAAUUGAUGUCUGCUGAAAAGGAGGCUGCUGCUGCCAACAAACGACAAGCUGAGUAUUCCGAAUCAGUGGAAAACAACAAAAAGCUCGAGCGUGACAUGGCAGAGCUUCAAAUCAAACUGGAAGCCGCCCAUUUGGAAGUAACCACUGCCCAUGACGAGAAGCAACGUGUCACGAACGAAAUUGAAGCAGUGAUAAUGAAAAUGAAAGACCUCGAGGCAAAGUUGAAAGGUGCCGAAGGCGAAGUUGCCGCCGCCAACGAGUGUCAAGCUGACUUUGACGAUGCUGUGGCAAUGUGCAAAAAGUUGGAGAAGGAAUCAGAAGAGCUUCAAUGCAAGUUGAAAGCCGUUGAAUUGGAAGCCGCAAAGGCAACCGAAGAGAAGAAUCGUGCUUACGAAGCAAUUGCGGAAGCUAAAUUGCAAAUCACAGAUGUUGGCGCAAAGUUGAGAGCCACCGAAGAAGAAAACGCUGCAGUCGCCAACAAGAAACAAGCUGAUUAUGAAAAUGCUAUAGAACUGAGCAAGUUGCUGGAGGAAAAUGCAAAAGAGCUGCAGUCCAAGUUGGCAACUGCCGAAUCUGAAGCCUCGGAUGCCAAGAGGGAGCGAGAAAAUGUCCUUGUACAAAUAGCCACAAUGAGAGUGCAAAUGAGAUCUUUGGAGGCAAAAUUAGAAUCUGCCGAAGAAGAGGCCGCCACUGCCAAUGAAAAACAAGCCGAGUAUGACGCGGCUGUGAAAAUGUGCAAGAAGCUGGAAGAUGACGUUGGAGAUCUGCAAUCCAAGUUGGAGGCCGCCGAGGCAAAAGUUACCAAAGCGACGGAAGAGAUGAAGAUUAUCUCUGAACAAGCUGCUACUGAAACAAAAUUGAAAAUGGCAGAGCACGAGAAGAAGAUCAAUGCUUUGGCCCAACAAGUUCAGUAUCUCGAGGGCGAGAACUUCAAGUUGUUGGAGGAAAAUGUGGAACUGAAAGAACUCUGUGAAGAGAUGAUCGCUGGUAUUGGCGAUGACGCUUUGGACUGUUAG